CCUAAUCCUUUUCCCGUACGUCAACGUGUACCUCUUCUUUCUCUCUCUAUCCAAAGAAAGUUAUUAAAGAUUGCAACACACACAAAAAAAGUUAAAGAAAAACAAGAAAGCCAUAUACACAUCAUGAAGCUCGUUUGGUCUCCAGAAACUGCCCUAAAAUCUUACAUAGACACUGUGAAAUUGAAAUCCUGUGAAAAAUUCAAGGAAUCUGGGGUAGCUGAGCUUUUAUCAUCCAUGGCAGCCGGAUGGAACGCCAAGUUUAUCGUCGAAUGUUACUCCCACGGCGGCCCGAUAGCAGCAAGUAUUGGCCUAGCGGUUGCUGCUCGCAACACGGGAGCAAGACAUGUGUGCAUAGUUCGAGAUGAAGGUACAAGGCUACACUACACAAAAGCCCUAGCGGAGAUGGGAGUAUCCCCGCCACCGGAGAUAGUUCGCGGGGAGGCGGAAACGGUGAUCAAAAGCCUCGACGGGUUGGAUUUUCUCGUGGUGGAUUGUAGACUUAGGGAUUUUGCUAGGGUUCUUAAGGUUGCAAAAGUUAGUACUAGAGGGGCAGUUUUGGCAUGCAAAAAUGCAUGGCAAAGAUCGAAUUUUUCUUUGUUUAAAUGGAACAUGGUUCUUGAAAGAGGCACACGUGUGGUUAGAUCAGUGUUUUUGCCGGUUGGAAUGGGUUUGGAUAUUGCUUACAUAGGAGGUGGAAAUGGUGGUGGUGGUGGUGCAUCUUCAAGUACUAGUUCUUCAAAGGGUGCUCCUAGCCGUUGGAUCAAAUGCAUAGAUCAACAAUCAGGAGAAGAACAUCUUUAUAGAGAGAGUAGGUUUUAAUUUGUUAUAAUAAUUAAACUCUUGCGUUUGAAUAUAAGUAAAAUUGUAGGAAUAUGCUUAUUGAUGGACAUAUUUUUGAAAAAAAAUUCAGUGUGAAGUAUGACUUUAGAGAUCAAGUUUCUGACUUUUUUGUGUUUCUUACUAGGA